AUCGGCCUGCUGCAGUUUUCCUCACAGAAUGGAAGUAGUCGUGGAGGUGAUACGGACUAAACUCGCUUGACUUAGCAGGAUAUUGAACUCGGUGUCCUUUUUCCUGAGCAGUAGACAGCCAUAACAACGAAGCCCAUCUCUGUGGUUGCUCAUCUCAUAGUGCCCCCGUAUGGACGAUGAGGAGGAUGAUGUGUUUGAGCCAGACCCCCACUGCUGGCGCACCACAUUCAGGGAGAUAAAGUGUGAAGACCGGGGCACACAAACACCUGGCCCAGCCCUGGCACUGAACAACGGCAUGCUGCCCUGUGGAGUCACAAAGGAGCCCAGACCACUCUUCUACGGCAACGCAGGUUUUCGAUUGCACUUCCCGGCACAUUUUGAGCUUGUUGGGGAUCAGGAAGCGAGGCGACAAGGAAGCGGAGAGGAGCGAAACGGGAUGGAGCAGCUACCCCGGCAGCAGCCUGUGGCGCGCAGUGUGGAGGCCUGCAUUGGUCAGAAACUCCAGCUGAUAGGAGACCAGUUUCACCGGGAACACCUACAACUGUAUCAUCAAAACCAAAGGAACCACGGGCCGCUGUGGUGGCGCCUGGCCGCAGCUCUGCUCAGCCUUCUGUUUGACAGGGGGUUAAUUGCUGGAGGAGGUGGAGCAGGACGGAGGUGAGGGGGUCUUCCCCUCACAUCCCUUUCCUUCAUCUCUAUGAGGAACUGGACUCCUAAUGGCACUGUCAAAUCUUAACACGGGUCUGUUUUUUGGGGGGGAAAUAGAAAGGAGACAAAAGGUCACCGCGGGACGGAGACAACCAACUUUUAUAAAAGGUCGUGUGUUUUUUUCUUUCCAAGAAGAUGCCAUGAUGCUCCGAGAUUCCUCUACAGGACAAUGUUCAUAUUUUGGUAUACGUGUGGUGUUGUAGUUUUGUACAGUACAUUGUUCUUGUUAAAUUUUUUGCACUUCAACAUGUAUCCAUCUUUAAUGACCUCCACAGACCCUGGGAAUGCCUUAUUCAGUGUCUUCUGCCAGAAUGAGUAUUGAACAAUUUUGACAGGCAAGAUGAGAUGGUUUGGAAAUGUGGUGUGAGGUUUUCUUUUCUGAGGUUUCCCAGGUGACCAGUCAAGUUGAUUUACUAAUUUUUCCAAAGAGGCAACUUCUCAGAACAAAGCAUUUUGCACCCCACCUCAAUGGAUCAUUUGUCUUUUCUUAUUUCUUUUUUUUUUGUCUUUGUGUUUUUUCGUUCUCCUCCAUUUUCUUUGGUAUGGUAUUAAGUAUGAACAUGAUCCCUCAGUUUCAUUCAAAACAUUAGGAACAAAGUAAAGUUUUACGAAAAAGUUUGCACACUAGGAAAUGUAAUCUAAAUAUCUGUUAAUGUGCACCGAUCUUUAUCUCCAGUUACAUUUCAGAUAAUUAGUUUUUGUUUUUUUUUGUGAUGGCUCGGGAAGUUUCAGGGUGGAGUGAAAAACUGAACAUCACUCUCAGGUCAAACAAGUCUGGUGACUGUCAACAAACCUGCAUUCAGUCAGACUGAAAGCAAGCACUGGUUGAUGCUGUUGCCAAAAUUUGUCAACAAGAUUAAUGACACUGCAAAUUAAUAUAAAAAAAGAAGUACAAAAAUUGUGGUUAGCUGUAACUAACAGGUGUUACAUUAAUUUACAAGACCUUUGAGCAGUAACAAACAACCCAAUUAAAAGUAACGAGCCAAUGGAAUUACUGUAAAAUCAACACACUGUUAAAAAUGUUGAGGUUUCGCCCAAUUAUUUGAAAAAAUCACUUUCCAUGAGCUUCAUUUGCCAUAUACCACUUUGGACUAUAUGCUAGUAUCAUUGCUGUAUGUUGCCAUUUUAUCCCUGUAGUUAUCAGACAACACUGAUUCAGUUUUCUCAAAGACAUCGUAGUUGCUCAAGGGUGUUUGUUACUGCGCAGUGCAGAGGGCAUCUUGCCAGUUACUCUAACAUGUAUUACUUACAGCUACCUGUGUGCGGCUGAAUGAUGUCAGUGAUGUAGCACAUUACCGGAUAUUUAGAUUAAAAUUAAUGGUGUGCUGACUUUUGCUUGCAAGGAAGAAAACUUUGGAAGCUCCAGCACCGUGCACUAAAUUAUACCAUUAAGCACAUUGUUUGCUGUAGAUAAGUAACAUGUUCUUUCCCUCCAAAAAUAACAUCUCAACUGCCAUUACGAUGUUGAUAUUAAUUUCAACCAGUUACUCAGUUUUCCGUUUGGCCUCGUUUCCGUUCUCAUUCUCCGAUACAAGUUUUCCCCUUAGUUUUAGAUGUGUUCUUUUCAUGUGAUUGUGUCAGACCUCCAUGCCCUUGAAGUGGAGCUGUGGAUCCACUGUUUUUGCACUAGACAUACACCCUUCAAGAGUUCAGAUUGUUACCUAGCUAACCUCUGUCUUGUAUGAAGGUUUUCAGUUAUGACUUGUUUUCUUGCCACAACAUUUCUGAUUUCUGACAAAAUAAUCAAUCUUGAUUGACCUGACUGAACACAGUCUGGACUCUGUAUUGGAUAUGGGUUCUGAAAAUUUCAUAUGCCAGUGUUUCAGGCUACAAUAGAGUUACAAUAGAGCCACAUUCCUCGAAUGAAGGUUUCUAAGUCCUGGUUUGCUUUUCACAACCAGUGUGUGCUCUGAACACCAAACAAUACUCCAUCAUCAAUCUGUGAAACAGAAUCUCCACCUCUCUGGCUACCUUUAUGGUGCUUUACAUCAUGAGAUAUUCUGUUGGGUGGUCUUGUAUUGUCUUUGGUGCUCAGAUCCAGAUUUGGGACAUUGUUAGCAUGUGUAACCACCACUCACUCAGCAGACAGUCUCCGAAAUGAAACAAAAGUGAAAAAGACUGUAAUUAUUGUUGAAAUAUGAAUAUGUUUGAAGACACUGUUGAAGAUGCUGUUUGUUAUAUUUUCCAUUGCUGAACCCAGGCCAAUGUUUGGACCCAAGGAGCAGUACAUAUCAGGGGUCUGUAAUUACGUGCUCCUUACAAUGUGUCAGGUUUAUCACUGCAUAAUUAGGGUUUUCUCUCAUUUUCUUAAAGAUGUCUCAGGGACAGUCUUUGUGGGCUACUGGUAACCUUGAGAAUCUGUUACAUGGUUAGAAGAAGAGCAGCGUUUUCACCCAUGUAUUUAUGACGAAGCCUCUCGAGGUAUCGUCAACUCUUAUUUCCUCUUCAGUUCAAAUUUCCUCUUGACCAAUUUCUCAGCACACACAUAAAGGUACAGUUUGACUGAGGAGUCUGAGGCUGACUUGCUGACUGUGGUGGUGACGGGGAGUCUACUGAGCAUGUAGUAAAUAGGCGUGUGAGGUGCACUGAAUGUGGUUGUGGUUAUAGUUUCCUGCGGAUCCUGAACGCUGAGCCAGUCCCUGUAGUGCCCCGUCUCACCAUUGGCUCUUGACUUCCUCUUUGUGCUGCUCCUUCAUUACAUGGGUAUUGUUCAUUGGUUCAUUUUCUUUCUAAUUUAUUUUUUUUCCUUUUUAUUUAUUGUUUGUAUAUUUGCCCAUUUCUACUGUAUACACUGCAAUUACGUCUUAUUUUCCUUUUUCUUUUGUUUUGGUCUUGGACUUGUAUAUUCUUCAGUUGUUUGACUCUGUGCAGAGCAAGUUGGCCUGCAUUGUGCCUGACAUUGCUUCAUGUGAUAACGAACCCACAAUCUACAUUUUUAGUAUUCCCCACAACUUGUAGGUUUAAAAUGGGGGCUGUAACAAGUUUGUAGUUUGGCCUUCCCUGUAGACCAGCAGCUAUGGUCACUUUGAAUUCAUAACGGUCGUUUUGGAAAGCAACCAAAAUGCAUUUACAGUUUACAGUGACCACAGCUGCUGCACUUCAUGGUGAACAAAACAACAAACCUCUUACAUUUACCUUCAAAGCCUACAGGGGUGGGCGUUUGAUACUGAAAAAAUUGAUUUUGGGGUGGAGUAUUUCACUUAAAGGUUGUGAUUUUCCAGGGAUGGGCCCAACCAGUUCAGACUUUUAUCAUUAUCUUCCACCACCCAAUUCCCCCAGUCAUCAUGGUCAGAUUCACAAUAUGUGGUUUAGAAAAGAAGUAAGCUUCAUUACAGUUUAAUCUUUCAACAGAAUGUGACCUUUCCCUUGUAAUUAAUGAGUCAUUGCCCCUUCCACCCACUGCUAAUGAUACAGACGUCGUUAGAAGUGCUUCAAAACACACAAAAAGGUUGCCUUCCUCUCAAGUCACAGGGCGUUAGUUAAUGUGUUCAAUUCUUUAAUCUUGAUCAUUGUGUUGUAAUCAACAUGCACUGGAAAGUACUUUGUAUCUGGAGAUCCCAUGGGUCCCUUAUCUGUUGUGUGUUAAUGUAUAGUAUACACUCUGGAUUGUUUUCUUGGGCUAAUCUUGCCAUGUGUCAGCUGUAUAUCUGUGCAUUGACCAAGUAGGCUGUGGACUGAUGGCCUGUUUGAUACAUUGGAAAGGGUUACAAGCCACCAUGGUGCCCUGUAUAAUUUUGUUAGAAUAAGGUUCCCAAUCUGCACUCAUCACAGCAUAUGUGAGUGUAGAAAAUCCCUAGAGUGGGACAUGUAUUUUAUGGAAACCGCAGUGUCUUGAAUUUUGUAUUCCACUUUAUAUAAAUUUGAAGUUUUUCAGGAAGGUUUUGAUUUUGAAUUUUUUUUAAUGAUAACAUUUCUUCUUCAUGGUCUUUCUUAACUUUUUUAAAAUGUAUUUUCUUAAGAAAAAAAGGGUCUGCUUUUAUAAGGACAGUUCAUGCUUGUAAGAUAAUUUUUAAUACGAGUAGGAUCCUUUUGAAGUCCAUGAGAUCAAGGGCAUUUUUUUUUUUAUAAAAAUGAACUUGCAACAUUCCUUGCACAUCUCAUCGUGGUGUAUAAACAAAGCCAAGCAAACCAAAAUAUUUCAUGGUUGUGGUUAAUUUGGCUCGUGAGCUGAUUGCUAUGAAAUAUCUGCCCUUAUUUACAGAACAGAUAAAGUGUAAAUGUAUUUCUAAAACCCUGGAAUAUGCCUUUAACUGCUCAGUUUCAACGAAGUCUUGAUUAUCACACACUCUCUGUAUACCAAGAAAUGAGACCCAGCGAAAAUGUAGCAUUUUUGUAAACAUUGACUGUGUGUUUUCGAGACUCUACUGUGCACUCAUUUUUUUGUGUUUAUAUAUAUUUUUUGGUUGUUGAUAUACUAUGGAAGUAAAGACAAUUUGUUAUGUAGUGCAAUAUGCUGUACAUAUGGAGCUUUGCUCUACAAAUCUUUUUUUCUGGAUUUCUUGUUGUUUAUUGGUACUUUUUUCAAUAAAAGUUUAUUGAAGGUG